AUGACAACGGCCUGGACUCCGGGCGGACAGAUGCCUCACAGCAACGAGCUCGACUACAAGGACACCGAGAAGUAUCCGUACGAUGGCUAUGGACCCGAAUCGCCCAUCACUGAAGCAGGACAUCUCUCCGACCCGACAGAUAAGAACCACAGCUUACAUCGAGGACUUUCAGCUUGUCAGGUCUCCAUGAUAGCUAUCGGUGGCGCUAUAGGGACUGGCCUCAUCAUCGGUACUGGGUCAGCGCUCUCUGCGGCCGGUCCAGCCUCGAUCCUGAUCUCCUACACCAUCGUCGGUCUGGUAGUUUAUGUGGUUAUGGCUGCCCUGGGAGAAAUGGCUACAUGGUUACCUGCGGCUGGAGGCUUCGCUGUCUACGCUACUCGUUAUGUUGAUCCAGCCCUGGGAUUCGCUCUUGGAUACACGUAUUGGUUCAAAUACAUUAUCACUACACCGAAUCAGCUUACUGCUGCUGCACUGGUCAUACAAUACUGGUGUCCGCCUGAGCGAGUCAAUCCAGGUGUCUUCAUCGCGGUCUUUCUAGUGGCUAUUAUUGCUAUCAACUAUCUGGGUAUCUGUUGGUUGACACUAGCACCGCGUUUCUUCGUAGUUAGUUUCUUCUGUAUGCAAUACACCUUCAACACAAUCUACAGUAUCUGCUUCUUCGGCGAGUUUGAGUUCUGGUUGAGCAGUAUCAAGGUCCUCGUUAUCAUCGGCCUGAUCAUCCUCAUGGUCAUCCUUGCUGCAGGUGGAGGCCCGAACCACCAAGCGACCGGCUUUCGCUACUGGAACGAUCCUGGCUCGUUCGCUCAGUACAAGAGUAUACCCGGCUCUUGGGGUCAAUUCCUUGCAGUAUGGAGCAGCAUGGUGACCGCCGUAUUCGCCUUCCUUGGGACUGAGCUCAUCGGUGUCACGGUUGGAGAAGCACAGAAUCCUCGCCGAAACAUUCCUCGUGCCAUCAAGUUGACGUUCUGGCGAAUUUUGGUCUUCUACAUUUGCUCAGUCUUCCUGUUAGGCAUGGUCGUGCCGUACAACAGUAAAGAGCUAGCCUUUGCAACCAAGGCUUCGAGCUCGGCGGCCGCGUCCCCAUUUGUCGUUGCUAUCAAGCUUGCUGGAAUUCAGACGCUACCAGGCUUCCUCAACGGCUGCAUUCUUAUCUUCGUCUUCUCCGCCGCAAACAGCGAUUUAUACAUCGCCUCACGCACGCUCCACGGUCUAGCUUUAAAGCGACAAGCACCAGGAUUCCUUGCUAGAACUGACAAGCGUGGAGUGCCAUACUUUGCCCUUGGUGCUUCGGCCCUGGUCUGCUGUCUUGCGUUCAUGAGCGUCAGCACCAGCUCGAAAGUCGUCUUCACUUACUUCGUCAAUCUCGUCAGUAUUUUUGGACUGUUGACAUGGAUUUCGAUUCUUGUCUCGCAUAUCUACUUCAAGAAAGCGCUGCGAGCUCAGGGCGUCAACGAACGCGAUAUGCGCUACAGAUCUCCAUUCGGGAUGUGGGGCUCCACCGUUGCUCUUGUCUUUUGCAUCAUUAUCGCUUUCACCAAGAACUUCACAGUCUUUAUACAUAGUCCCAAGACAUACGGUAACUUUGAUUACAAGAACUUUAUCACCGGAUAUUUAGGGAUACCACUGUACAUCUUCAUGAUCUUCGGCUACAAGCUGAUCAUGCGGACAAAGGGCGUCAAGCCUGCUGAAGCUGACCUCUGGACUGGCAAGGAUGUCAUUGAUGCUGAUGAGCAGGAGUGGCUUGCGAAGGAGGCGGCGGAGAAGGCCAGUGGGAAGCAGGCAUCAAGCUUGUAUCGGCAUACGUUUGGCUACUUGUUCUAG